AUGGCAGUGGCUCUGGAUGAAGUGUGGGGGCGGGUGAAGAACGUCUGCAAGCAGAACGGACUGCUCAUCCUCUCCGUGCUGGCCGUGGUCAUCGGCUGCCUGCUGGGCUUCUUCCUGAGGGGCAAGCAGCUCUCCGAGCAGGAGGUGAAGUACUUCCAGUUUCCCGGUGAACUGCUGAUGAGGAUGUUGAAAAUGUUAAUCUUGCCCCUCGUCGUAUCCAGCUUGAUGUCAGGUCUGGCUGCCUUGGACGCCAAGUGCUCGAGCCGCCUGGGCAUCAUGACCAUCUCCUACUACCUGUGGACCACCUUUGUUGCCGUGGUGGUGGGCAUUGUCAUGGUGUACAUGAUCCACCCGGGUGGAGCCGCUCAGAAGGAGGCCUCUGAGGAGAGCAAGAAGCCAAUGACCAGCUCUGCUGAUGCGCUGCUGGAUCUCAUUCGCAACAUGUUUCCAGCCAAUCUGGUUCAAGCAACUUUCCAACAGUAUCGAACCCAGCGAGUCGCCGAGCUCAUCCCCAAACCAACGGUGGCUCAGCUCCUGGACGAGAUCACCACACGGAGGGUCUACAUCUACGGCAUUCAAGACGACAACGGCACAGAUGUCCAGAACUUCUCCCUGGAUCUCACGCCGCCACCUGAUGUCAUCAUGAAAACCUCCCCCGGUACCAGCGAAGGCAUGAAUGUGCUGGGGAUUGUCAUUUUUUCCGCUACCAUGGGGAUAAUGUUAGGAAGAAUGGGACCCAAUGGAAGCGCUUUGGUCAACUUCUGCCAGAGCGUCAAUGAGGCAGUUUUGAAGAUUGUUGCCAUCGUCAUCUGGUAUUUCCCUUUUGGGAUUGUGUUCCUGGUUGCCGGUAAGAUCUUAGAGAUGGAUGACCCUUCCGCCAUGGGGAAGAAGCUGGGUUUCUACGCCAUUACGGUGGUAAUGGGCUUAGUGCUGCACGGUCUAUUCAUCCUCCCGGCAAUGUACUUCUUCAUCACUAAGAAGAGCCCCAUCGUUUACAUCAGAGGCAUUCUGCAGGCCCUCCUCAUCUCCUUGGCCACCUCCUCAAGCUCUGCCACUCUGCCUAUCACCUUCAAGUGCCUCCUUGAGAACAACCACAUCGACCGACGCAUCAUCCGCUUCGUGCUGCCCGUGGGGGCCACCAUCAACAUGGACGGCACCGCGCUCUACGAGGCCGUGGCGGCCAUCUUCAUCGCCCAAGUGAACAACUAUGAGCUUGACUUUGGGCAGAUUAUCACGAUCAGCAUCACUGCCACUGCAGCCAGCAUCGGGGCAGCAGGAAUCCCACAGGCUGGACUCGUAACCAUGGUGAUUGUGCUGACCUCCGUGGGUCUGCCCACUGAUGACAUCACUCUCAUCAUCGCAGUUGAUUGGGCCUUGGACCGAUUCAGGACCAUGGUCAAUGUGAUGGGCGACGCUCUGGCUACAGGCAUCAUGGCUCAUAUCUGCAGAAAAGAUUUUGUCAAAGAAGGGGAGCAGGUGCCUCUGAUCUGCGAGACCAAGCCCAUGAUAAGCAUCCAGCAGAUGAUGACCUACCAGAAUCAGAAGAACGGCUGCUACCAGCCGCCUCCACCGGGCAGCCGGCAGGGCCACCUCGCCCCAGAGGUGGCUCGCCUGAUGAAGCUGGAGGAAGGCAUCCGGGUUCAGGAGAGGAGGAAACACGCUCACUCCUCCCACCACAAGAGAGAGCACCGGGAUAAGGACCACUGUUCCAUCGAUAUGAACGGGCUGGAGACCAACGUAUGAAGGCAGCUGCCCCGUCUGCAGCAGCGGGAGCUGCAGGUGAGGAAGACGUAUUAAAGACUCGGGCGAUUAGGUCCACAUGCACCUCCCCUCCGAGAGGGAGGGCGGCUCCAGAGUGGAUGAAUACAACGACAACAACAAAAAGACGUUUUUUCUUUUUCUACAUAACUUAAACAACAUGUUUGUGUGUUUGUACAUAUUCAACGGGAGAUCUCGUGGAUCUUUGAGUCUCAGUGGACCGGAAAGGAAGAAUGAAAUAUCCAAUACCAGAUAUCAUGUCACCCAUCCCUCUGUGGACAGACAACAUCCGCUCAUAUCUCUUUUAUUCAUUCUGAUCUGGUUUGGUUUGUUUUAGCAGAACCCUGGCUGUGAUUCUUUUGCAUACUCGACAGUUUGGCUCUAAUUUGGAAAUAUUCUAAUUGUGGCGGAGGGAUUGAAAAAUGCAUUAUUUAUAUUUUAUCCAGUUUUCCCAGCCAUCUCUCCCAACAUGUAUGUUCUCCGCCUCGUUGUCCUGAGUCUAAGUGGGUACUCAUUCCUGCAGUACUGUUGGGUCAUUGACAGAAUAAAGACAAAAAGAUGGUGACGGUCACAAGGAAAAUCAAAGUUGUGCGUUGGACCUUGUGUUGAAAUCACGGGAAGUUGUCUACGCACCCCAUUGCAUUUCCUCUUUGCCUUAAACAAUCAAAAGGAGAAGCACGUGGGACUCGUGCGCUAAUGAGCCCCGAAAACAGCUGAGACAGACCAACACAAAUCGACAAUCACUCGCUUCACUCGGAGCUCUGUCCAUAUGUGUGUCAUAUAAUGUACAUGUAUGUAUAUUACAAGUUUAGAUAUUAUUCAUACGUCAGUGUGUUCCAAGA